GUAUUACCGUAUACGGCUGUAUACGGUACACACCGUAGCCGUACUUGUGUCCUAGAACUCAAAAAACGGUCGUAUUUUUACGACCGUACCCCGUACAGACCCGUACAGAGUACGGUCGUACCCCGUACAGACCCGUACAGAGUACGGUCGUACCCGUAUACGGUACGCUCGGAUCCCUACCUCGAGGAGGCCAUCGAGCUGCAUCGGGCUUCCCUCGAACUUCUACCCAAAGGUCAUACAGACCAUUAUAUGUCGCUCAAUCAUCUCGCAAGCUCCCUGAUGACUCGAUACAAACAGCAUGGAAGGACAAAGGACAUUGGGGAGGCUAUUGAGCUACAUCGAAGUGCCCUCAAGCUUUGCCCUGAAAGUCAUCCAUAUCGUUAUGUGUCUCUCAAUAACCUCGCAGCUUCUCUUUGGAUGCAAUAUGAGCGGGAUGGAAGGACAGAGGACCUUGAGGAGUCCAUUGAGCUGAAUCUAUCUGCCCUCAAACUUUGCCCCAAAGGACAUCCGAGUCAUUCGUCGUCUCUCAGUUGCCUUGCAACCUCCCUGAGAGUUCGAUACAAGCAGCAUGGAAGGACAGUGGAUAUUGAGGAGUCCAUCGAGUUGCAUCGAGCUGCUCUCGAACUUCGACCCGAAGGCCACCCGGACCGUUUCUCAUCACUGAGAAAUCUCGCAAUUGCCUUAGAGUUUCGGCUUAAGAAACAAUGGAACACGGAAGAGUUUGACGAAUGUAUACGGUUACUGGAGCUUGCUGUUAUAGAUAAAUUCUCUGGAUUGCUGGAGCGCCUUCCUGCUGCGCAACAAUGGGUAACGCUUGCGCGAUUGCACGAUCAUGACACUAUCUUCGCAGCUUACAAAGCAGUACUGUCAAUACUUCAGCACGCUCUCACCAUAAAUCCAACUCUCCACACACAACAUGACUUCCUCCUCAAGAACAGUGAUUACACAGUACUCUCCCUGGACGCUACUUCUUACGCAAUAAAGAAAAAUCGAUUAGAGCAAGCCGUGGAGAUGCUUGAGCAGGGCAGGGAUUACUUUGGUCGCAUCUACGUGGUCUUAGGCCUCCUCUGGAUCAACUUGCAGAAACAAACGACGAGCUUGUCGACAGAUUCAGAAUACGGCUCACUUGGACUGGACGUCAUAAGGGAACGUGAAUCAUUUGACGAAUUGUUGAAGUUGAAAAGAAAACUAUCUAGUGAGCGGGAGGAAGUCAUUAGUGAGAUUCGGCGAGUUCCAGGUUUCGAGAGCUUCCUUGAAGCAACGCCAUUCAAGGUAUUGCGGCAAGCAGCUUCAGAGGGCCCAGUCAUCAUGGUUAAUCACAGCAAAUUCCGUUCCGAUGCUCUCAUAAUUCUCUCUCGCGGAGACCCGUCAGUUAUAUGUAUUCCGUUGGACAGUGAGUUUCAUUCGGAUAGCCUCGGGCUGCCACAAGAACUUGUGGUGACACGCGAAUGGCUCAACGCUGAUUCGUCCCAUUGUGAUCAAAAGCUUCGUAAGGCAAUGAAGAUGCUGUGGGACAGAGUAGUCUCAAAGGUUGUCGUGGAACUUGAAAAAGUUGGGAUUGCUAAAGGCUCUCGUAUCUGGUGGUGUCCUACAUCUGAGUUGUCCGCUCUUCCAUUCCAUGCAGCAGGGCCAUUCGAGGAUGCAAGUGGUAUAACGAGAUACUUACUGGAUGAUUAUAUCUCGUCGUAUACGCUAACUCUCAGAGCCCUCAUCAAUGCACGCUUACCUGGCAGUGAAUACGAUCCAACUGUACUCGUCAUCGGAGAUACCUCACUUCGGUCAACUAGACAGGAGAUUUCCAACAUCCGGAAUUGUGGGAUGAGCACCAAAUUACUCAUCGACAAGAAAGCGUCUCGCGAUAGAGUGAUUGAGGCGAUCCGGGAAGCAACAUGGGUCCACUUUGCUUGUCAUGGACAACUAGGCUCAACGCCUUUCAACUCUUCGUUCAAACUAUCAGACCGCGGGAUGACAUUGCUCGAUAUCGUCCAAAACAGACUUCCGAAUGCAGAAUUCGCCUUUCUUUCUGCCUGCCACACUGCAGAGCAACACCACGACAGUGCAUAUGACGAAACUCUUCACCUCGCGGCUGCCAUGCAAUUUUCUGGUUUCCGAAGUGUAAUUGGUUCAAUGUGGGAGUUGCUUGACAAGGAUGGGCCUGGAUUAACUAAAUCUGUUUAUGAGUACAUCAAUGACUGCGAAGUGGGCGAAGCAAAGUAUAAGAGGGUCGCCGGGGGUCUUCACAAAGCAGUGUUGGAGUUGAAGGAACGAGAUGGGAUUCAGGUUGAAAGAUGGGUUAAUCUUAAGGAGAAGAAGAGAGGAAAGGAGAAGGAGAAAGAGAAAGAGAGAGAGAAGGAGAAGGAGAAGGAGAAGGAGAAGGAGAAGGAGAAGGAGAAGGAGAAGGAGAAGGAGAAGGAGAAGGAGAAGGAGAAGGAGAAGGAGAAGGAGAAGGAGAAGGAGAAGGAGAAGGAGAAGGAGAAGGAGAAGGAGAAGGAGAAGGAGAAGGAGAAGGAGAAGGAGAAGGAGAAAGAGAAGGAGAAGGAGAAGAAGAAGAAGAAGGAGAAGACUAUAGUCUUAGUAUAG